AUUCUCAUUCAACAUUUCAAUCGAGUCCGAGAUAAACACACGCACGAUCGUCUCACUCUCCCUCAGAACACGAAGCCGCCGAUACUACCUCCGGCGGUCUCUCUGUCCGCUCUAUAUAUCAUCUCUCUCUCUCUCUCUCUCGAUCAAACGCGAUUCUCGAAGCCGGAGUUUCUCUGUCCGGUCUUUCCAUCGCUCUGCUCAGUCCGGCGUACGAAGUCAGGUAGCCGCCGAGCCGCCCACCCACCUCCGGUGGUAUUUCUGUCCGCUCUUUUGGUCUCUCUGCCCACCGCAAACGCAAACCCAUAGAGUUAUCGGAGUUCAUAGCAUAGAAAGAAUGGGGAUGAAGCUAUUUGACAAUGGUGGCUCCGAUUCUGAUGACUUAUCCAAAAUAGAAAUCAACAAAGAGUUCGCACGCAGAUACGAGCAUAACAAGAAACGUGAAGAUAUACAGCGGUAUGAAGAGAUGAAGAAGAAAGGUGUAAUUGAUUCGGACAUAGAUAGCGAGGAAGAAGAUGAGUCAUCUGAAGACGAGGAGAAUAUUGUCAAUUAUUCGAGAAAGCAGGAUUUGCAGUUCUUUGAUGCGUUAAUAAAGGUCAAAAAGCAAGAUCCUUCACUUAAAAAUAAAGAUGCUAAGCUAUUUGAUUUGGAAAAUGAGGAUGAAACUGAGGAUAAUAAUAAGGAAAAGAAAAGGAAACCGAUGUAUCUGAAAGAUGUGACUGCAAAGCAUUUAAUUGAGAAAGGGCCUGAGUUUGAUGAUGAAGAUGACGAAGAGGAAAACAAGGGUAAGAAAAAGAGUUAUUCUGAAGAACAGGAGGUAUUAAGAAAGGAGUUUUUGGAUGCUGUAGGUGAUGAAGACGAUGAAGAUGAUUUAUUGAAGGUAAAGAAUGAUAAAAGGGGAAUUGAAGAUGAAGAUGAAGAUGAAGUUGAGUAUGAAAAGAAGCUAGAUGAGUAUUUUGAAGAGGAUGAAAAGUUAGAUGAAAAUGAGAAGUUUUUGAAGGAUUAUUUCAGGAAAAAGAUGUGGUUAGAUAAAGAGGCCGGUAGUAGUAACCACUUAAAUGAUGUGGAAUUAGAUGUUUCAGAGGAUGAAGAGGAGUUAGAAAGACAAGAAAAUUUCGAAAGAGAGUUCAAUUUUAGGUUUGAAGAAAAUGCAGGUGAUAGAGUUAUGGGGUUUUCAAGAAAGGUUGAUGGUUCAGUGAGGAAGAAAGACAAUGCAAGAAAGUUACAAAGGAAAAACAAAGAGGAAAGGAUAGCACUAGCAGAGCUUGAAAGAAAGGAAGAACUGAAACAUAUGAAGAACUUGAAGAAGAAGGAGAUGAAUGAGAAGAUUAGAAAGAUUAGAGAAACAGCAGGAAUUGGUGAAAAUGAAGUUUGUUUAUUAGAUGAACAUGAUCUUGAGGAGGAAUUCGAUCCUGAUGAGCAUGAUAGAACAAUGAAGAAAGCUUUUGAUGAAAACUUCUAUGAAGCUGAAGAUGUGGACCCACAAUUUGGUAGUGAAGAAGAAGAAGAAGAUGGUGAAUUGGAAAAACCAAACUUUGAUGAAGAAGACGAGUUUCUUGGGCUUCCAAAAGGGUGGGAAAAUGAAUAUGGAUCUGGUGAUGGGUUCUUGGCUACUAGAGAAAAAACCUUAAAGUGCAAGAUUGAUAAUUCACAUGAUGAAGAAGAUAAGAAGAAGAAAAGGAAAAGGUCUGAAGUAGAGGAGGAGGCGAUUAAGAAAGAGUUAGAAGAGUACUAUAAGUUGGACUAUGAGGAUACAAUUGGGGAUUUGAAGACAAGGUUUAAAUACAGACCUGUUAACAAGAACACUUAUGGAUUGAAAGCAAAAGAGAUUUUGGUUGUUGAUGACAAGGAGUUGAAUCAGUUAGUUCCUUUGAAGAAGUUGGCUACUUAUAGAGAGGAUGAGUUCAUUGUUCCUCGCCAUAAGAUAAAGGAACAUAAACAGAAGAUUAAAUCUCUUCUUAAGGGAGAGACUUCUGAGAAUGGUGGAAAGAGGAUCAAACAUGAUGUUGAGAAAUCUAAUGAACAAGUGGUUGAUGAUGCACAAACUGAAGGUGAAAAAGUACUUUCUAGGAAACAGAGAAGAAAGAAGAAGCUGAAUGAGUUCAAGCUGCCACCUUCAAGACUUUUAGCAUAUCAGAAGAUUACAGGAGCUAAAUCCAGUAACAAAAGGAAACACAAAGCUUAAGUGAAGUGGAGUGGAGUCCAUUCUAUAAAAGCAUCUCUGAAAAAUCGAAGCUCUCCUUUCUUGCAAGAAUGGUGAUUUGUACGUGUGGAAGUGUUGCUGUGAGAGUCACAUCUUGGACAGACCUCAACCCAGGAAGGCGAUUCUGGUCUUGUGCUCGAAAUGGUCGAAGCUAUCCAUUUCUUGGGUGGGGGGACGAUCCGAUGUGUCAUAGAGCUGUGGAGGUGAUUCCUGGCUUGCUGAGGAGAAUGAACAAUGUUCAAAUGAUGUUGAUUCAAGCUCGUGCAGAUGUUGUGAAGCUCAAGUGGAUGCUUAUUCUGUCUUGGUUCUUUUUUUUUUUCGUUUAUAUACGUAUGCACUAAGUAGUAGUUGGAUUUGGGGAUGUAUUUGGUCAGUGUAUUUUGGAUAUGUAAUGUCGGAUGGUGUGUAGAACUGAAAUGGGAUAUUACCAGUUGAUUUUGGGAUGUGAUGUCAUGUAUUAGAAUCUUAAUGUAAUGUAUGGUUUUGGUUAAUCAGUUUAAUGGUAUUUUGUCUUAUGUUAAUUAUAAA